AUGUCACACUGUUCGGUGGAUGAACUGCACACCGGCUUGGCAAAUGCCACAAAAGAAACUCAUAACCUAUGGGAGGAGAACAAAGAUUUGCAGGGUAGAUUUGUAAAUGAUCUUAACGAAAUAUCGCGGAUCCAGCAAGCUAUCGCUCAGUUAGAGCGGGAACAUCGUCAGGAACAACUGCAGCAUGCGCGUCAAUCAAUGACAGAAAUGCAGAGGAGAGCAUCACAACUAUACUCUGUGCUGACUACUAAAAGAGAAGAAAUUGUAAAGAAAUUGAACGAUGGAACUAAUUUUGUAGCUUUGCUGCAAAAUCAAUUGAUCAGUGAACGUCUUUUCGAAUGGAAGAAUCGGCAAAAACUUGCUCAAGUAGGAGUCCCUUUCGAUAAUCGCGAUGUCAUGCUAGAUGAGAUACAGAUGGAAUUCGAGUUCUUAGCAGAGCAAAACUGGCAACUGCAUAUGUUCGCUAGCUGGACCUUAGAUUUACUUACCAGAGGU